CAGGCAAUUCUAGCUUGUUCAUUUGCUGAAAAGGACUAUAAGAAAACAACAGCAGCUGCAGUAAGAACACUGCAAAUGUGUUUUGUUUUAGGAAUGGGUCUCUCUCUUGCUGUUGGACUUGGAUUAUACUUUGGAGCUGGAAUAUUCUCCAAAAAUGUUCAUGUUGUGCAUUUAAUUAAAUUAGGCAUCCCGUUUGUGGCUGCUACUCAACCAAUUAAUUCUUUAGCCUUUGUGUUUGAUGGAGUCAACUAUGGAGCUUCUGAUUUUGCAUACUCAGCAUGCUCUCUCGUGGUGGUUUCCAUAGUAAGUGUAGCCAUAGAAUUUCUUCUCUACAGGACCAAACAUUUCAUUGGGAUUUGGAUUGCAUUAACCAUAUAUAUGACUCUUCGAAUGAUGGCUGGUGUAUGGAGGAUGGGAACUGGGACAGGACCAUGGCGUUAUCUCAGAGGUUGUUCAUUGACUUAGCACAUAUUAUGUAAUGACCAGACAAAUUUUGUUGUCGAGAUCUGAUUUCAUAUCACGUUCUCACUUUCCCCUUAUACAUAGCAACUUUAUUAUAUAUUUUUGUAAUACAUCUAGGUUUGCUUCAUUCACACUUAUUUUUUUACUUUUUGUAAUACAUCAUUGUUUCAUAUACACGUUGUAUAUAUCAUGUUGUGGUUUUCAGAAGA